AUGGGACCAUUCGGAUUCCCCUGCAGACCCACGGGGUACUUAAUGAUUAGUGUUAUUUUGAGUUUGCUACUAAAAGAUACACCAGUAAGCUGUGCUGGUGGUUCUUCGUACUCUAUUGCAAUUAAAAAAUAUGUCUGCAUCGAUACACCGUACAAAGAAACGACACUUCAUUCGUGUAAAAGUAUCCCGCGAAGAAACGCGCCGACGAUGGUCCAUUUAAUAUUGCACGUUCCAAAGUUAUACGAUAACGUUAUGGUGAAAAUUCUGUUGUUCUAUAAAUUCAGUACCUAUCAACCAUUCCUGUUUACCAUAGAAGGAAAUGGCUGUGAGUUCAUACGACAUCCGCCACAAUUUGGAAUUGACAAGCAUGUGUACGAUAUUAUUGAAGAAACAGCUCCAGAAUUGUUAGUUCCUUGCCCAACGGGCAAUCGCACCUACAACAUUACUUGGUCCCUUCAAGAUCGUCACGCACCGAAGAAUGUUCCAGCAGGGGAAUACAAACUUCAAUUUAAAUUGAUAGCCCGACCCGAUGUCACCUUAUUUGCAAUGGAUGUAUAUGGUAUAGUGCGCAAUAUUGGAAUCGUAUCCGCCUUUAUGACGUAG